CUAGUGAAAUUUUGAACCCCAGGGUACAGUACUAUCCCCAAUAUUAUACAUAAUAUAUGUAGUUGCAUUAACUAAUCUCGAUAUAAACGGUAAUCGAAUAAAAUCGAACACCUCGGCAAGUCACUGCUAUAUACGACCUACUUUUCGUUUAUUUCCGAGUCUUUUUCAAUAUGUUCCGGACCGAGAACCCCUUUUUUUUUAUCGCACCGUUGGAAAUGCACUUCUUUAGCUACUAUUGUGUGAAAUAAAAUGUCCGCGGGAUUUUCUUCUACUAUUCCUAGGCCAUCAAAGUGCUUGGCCGCUUAAUUACUAGUUCACUACUACCUUCUAUUCUCUUUUUAGCACCUUUUAGUUUACUUCACUUCGUGCGUUUGUACCUAUUUAUUUCCUGUCUAACGUCUAUAUAGGAAUGUUUACACAUUUUGGGAAUCAAUGAAUUUCCUUAUCAAAUAGUGCUAAUGGUAUCUUAAAUCUCGGUAGUAUUGAACGUACUUAUCCUCAUGAUUAAAUAGCGAAUUAUUAUUAAAAUUGUUCAUUAUAACUUUUUUACAAUUAUAGAUUUAUAGCCAUUUGGUAAAAAUAAAGAACUAUCAAUCAAUAGUAGAAAAGAGAUCGCUAAAAUCACACUAUAAAAUAUUUAUCCAGUUUGUAAUGUCAGAAUUGGGCAGAGUAAAGGUGAGUGAAUUUGAUUGUAAAAUUUUAUUGUAUAUCUACAUUUUAUUUCUAUAUAAAUAAAUAUGAUACAUCUCGUUAUUUAGAAAUAAAUAUAUUAGGUAUAUUAUAUUUUAUGGUAUUAAAUGUGUUUAUAUUUUACAAAGCAAUGGAACACUUUUGCUCGUUGUUGGCAUCUAUUUGACGCUACUUGGCAAAAUCCUUUGGAAUGUGCUCCAACAAUUGAAAAAUAUUUAAAAGGAUUCCACAAGCCGAUUUACCAUCCAUUUGGUUAGUAUCAAUAUUUGAUGUACUUAAUAUACUAUAACAUGUUUACCUAUUCCUAAACAUUGACAUUAGUAAAAUGUAUAUCAACAUUUUAAAUGUAAUUAUAAUAAACUGUUUAUAUUUUAAAUUAUGUAUGUAGGUAUGGAUUCUGAACAAUAGAAUAAUAUUUUGGAACAAAUCUAGUUUACGACCCAACCUCAUUUUUCAAUUUUUUUUUUCAAAAUAUGCGAUUUUGCCUGUUCAUAAAAAAUCUACAAAAGAAAAGUCUGACCAACUUCGUUUGGAAGUUAUAGGGGAAAACUUCAUGAAUUUCGGGUUUUCUGUUUUCGCGUAUUUCUUAGUAAGAAUUUAAUAUUUUCAAAUUUUUUUUUUUCCAAAAUAUGUGAUUUUGAAUGCCUAAUCCAUUGGUGUAAUCGAAACUUUCCUAUCAUACUCUUUUGAAGGUAUUGCACAAAAGACUAUUGUUGUUUCUUUAGCAUACUAUUUAUUUUUAAAUAAUAAUUAUAUUAAUUGUGAUAAUACUUAAAAUUUAUAUUUAUAAUUAUUAAACUAGUAGUCAUUAUUUCAGUAAUCAAAAAAAAUCAUAAAUAAUUUUAUAACUAUUUCAUUUCUUUUUAUUUAAUAGUUGAUUGUGGUGAUCAUGUUGUGGUUAUGAACAGUAAACAAAUUGCAUUUCCCGGUGAGGAAUGGCGUCGUCGUGUUUAUUUCCAUCAUACUGGAUAUUCACGUGGAGCAUCUUGGACUCCAGCUUGGAUAUUGCAUGACAGAGAUCCAACUAUGGUAUGAUAUUACAAUAAUACAAUUGUCUUAUAGUUUUAUUUUCAUUAUCUUUUGCCUAUUAUUGCAAAGGCUAUGGAUAUUGAACAAUUUCUUGGAGUCUCCCAAAUGUCCUCUGGGACAGGAUAUAAAAUAUUUACAGCUAUAAAUACUUUGAUACUUUGCAAAGGCGGAUAUUACUAGAAAAAAUCAAAGCUUUCCAACUAUUUUUUUAGAGUUUUAUAUUCUGUAUAAUAAUUAUAAAAGGUAUUUCAUCAUAUAUGCAAACGGACGUUUUAUACAGGGUGUAACUGGACUAUUUGAAAUGUUUACAUCAAAUAGUCUUAUUACACCCUGUAUAUUUAAUUACCGAUAACAAUCAAUCUCAAUAAGGAAACACAAUGUCUUGAUACUUAUUCCUUUUUCUUAAAAAAAUAGUAGACUUAAGAACAUUUUUGUGAAAUUCUCUUUUUUAAACAAUGUUUAAAUAUCAUUAAGGUUUUUGCAUUUUUACACUAAAUGCAAUAGUUUCUGAAUUAAAUAAAAUAUUAAAAAAACUACCUUAUUUUGCCAUAUGUCAACUCAAAUGCAGCAGCAAAAGGGUUUGAAUGAGACCUUUCAAAUUUUAUUCAAAUUACUUACUCAUGUAAUUUAACAAAUUAAGGAAGUGUUAAUUAUGUUAAUAAAAUAAGAACCACCCUAAUAUAUAGUUUGUUUUAUUCAAAUUGUAACAUAAAAUAUUUCAAUUUGAUGAAAUUAUUGAAAUAGGAGAUUUUAAGAUAUAUUUAAUGUUACCAAAAUUCACAUUUUAAAAUUUUAACCCGUGCAAAAAUAAAUAUGUAAUAAAUCAUACAUUUUCUUAAAUAGAAACACCUAUUUUUAACAUCAACUUCAAAACAUUUUUUUUGUUUAAGUAAUUAUGAUCAAUACAAUUUAUUUCUGUUCAAAAUGAGUAUUUUGGUACUUGAACAUUAACUCAAUCUAAUAAACUUUAAUUUUUCAUAAAAUAAAUACUAACACAUUCACUACUCAGUAAAUAUUUGAAACACUGAACAUAUUGAAUGUAUAUUAUAGUAUAUCACACAUGUACAUUAUUUAUAACAAAAUUAGGUACAUUAAUAUAUUAAUUAUCUACACAUAUUCAGAAAGUGAUAUCUAACAUAUUUACAUCUAUUUUACAUUAUGUACUCAUAAAGAAAAAUUAUUAUCCAUUUUGUAAAGACUACACAGUCAGUCAAUAGUACUAAGUCAGGAGUGAAGUUUAGUUUAGUUUACUAGUGUUUUCUUUAUUUGGAAAGAAUAUUGUUUAAUCAACUAAAAAUAAAUAAUAUUGUAUAAAUAUAAUUUAAUUGCUUCAGUAUGUACAUUUGUAUAUAAUUAUUGAAAUUUAUAAUAAUUUCAAAUACUAUUAAUACUACAUAUUUUUAUUCUUGUUUUUUAUAUGUUAUCUUAGAUAUUUAAAAAAGCUGUGUAUCAUCAUAUGAAAGGAAACUUAUUCAGAAGAGUAGUUAUGGAACGUUUACACAUUUUCUCAGACUCAAAUGUACCAGAAGAGAUUAUGGAGAAUAUUACCAACCAAAUUCGACCAUUACGGCCUAGACCUAAACCCUUGGAAUCAUAUAGUAAAAAAGAAAUUGAAGAGUUUCCUAAAAUUAUAGAUUACCCUAAUGAUUAUGUUUUAUCAAAAAACUGAAAAAUAUUCAUGAAUAUAUUUUGAAUUAGAUUGUUAUUAGUGAAUAAUAUAAAGAUUUGGUUUAUAAAUAAUGUUUUUUGUACUGAAAUGUAUUUUCCAUUAAAAAAGCUAAUAUUUUCGAACAGAUAACCAAAAAAUAAUCUGAGUACUUUCAACUGAAUAAUUCA